AUGACUAGUGGUGGAUGUCCUUAUUUUCAGAAACCUGAGGGUAACAAAAAAUGUAAGGAAAACAAAGUUGUAUUUGAAGCUGGAUGUAAUGAGGAAGAAGAUGAUGUAGCACAAAAAGGUGUUAAUAGACUUGAAAGUGCCCAUGGAGCACUAUCAUACUCAACAUAUUUAAAGUUGGAUAAACUUUUAGAUGCUCAAGAGUUACGUUCUGCAAAUAAUGAUGGUGAUGUUGUUCAUGAUGAACAUCUCUUUAUCAUAGUCCAUCAAGCAUAUGAAUUAUGGUUUAAACAGAUAAUAUUUGAUAUUGAUGUUAUUAGAGAAUUAUUAAAUAGAAGUUUUGUUGAUGAAACAAAAACAUUAAAAAUUGUUAGUUAUCUUGAAAGAAUUGUUCGUAUCUUAAAAUUAUUAGUUGAUCAAAUGUUAAUUCUUGAGACAAUGUCUCCAUUAGAUUUUAUUGAAUUUAGAAGUUUUUUAACUUCAAGUUCAGGAUUUCAAAGUUUGCAAUUUAGAUUAUUAGAAAAUAAACUUGGAAUUGAUCCAAGAAAUCGUGUCAAAUAUAAUGCUCAACAUUACAAAAAUGCAUUUGAUACAGAGGAGGAAAGAAUAAAAGUUGAAAAAUCAGAACAAGAACCAUCAUUAUUUGCUUUAAUUGAAAAAUGGUUAGAGAGAACUCCUGGUAUUCAUCCAACAGAAAAAGAACCUGGAUUUUGGGCUCAAUAUGAGGAGGGUGUACAAAAAUAUCUUGAUAAUAUGAAAAAUGAGGCUGAAAAUUAUACAGAAGGGUCUGAGGGAUAUAUGGUUGCAAUAGCAGAGUAUGAAAAAACAAAAAGUAGUUAUGAAACAAUUUUAAAUAAAGAAUAUCAUGAGGCAGCUGUUGAAAAAAGAGAAAGACGAUUAAGUCAUGAUGCUAUGAAAGGAGCUAUGAUGAUUUGUUUACAUAGAGAGAUGCCUAGAUUUUCACAACCAUAUCAAAUUCUUGUCUAUCUUAUGGAUAUAGAUUCAUUAUUUACUAAAUGGAGAUAUAAUCAUUUAUUGGCAGUUCAAAGAAUGAUAGGAAAUAAAAUGGGAAGUGGAGGAAGUAGUGGAUAUUUAUAUCUUAGAAGUACAAUAGCAGAUAAAUAUAAAAUUUUCCUUGAUUUAUUUAACUUAAGUACAUGGAUAAUACCAAGAGUUUAUAUAUCAAAACCAACAAGAGGAAUGAUUGAAUCUGUCAGUCAUCAUAAAACUUUAUAUUCCGCUAAAUUUGAUGAUCAAAAAGAUGAAUCAAAUAAUUCAUAG